AUGGUUCGUGUAAAUGAGAGGCGUGGUGGUUUAUUUUUCCUUUAUGAUUACGGAGGUACUGGUAAGACCUAUAUUUGGAGAACGCUUUUGGCAGCUUUAAGGUCAAAAGGUGAAAUAGUACUCACAGUUGAAGAACAUCACACUCGAGGUUUGUCAUUCCUUUUAAUGUUUAUGAAGAAUCUACUUGCAACGUACAUUGCAUGUGAGUCCGCUUUGGCGAAGUUGAUAAUGAAAGCGAAACUCAUCAUUUGGGAUGAAGCUCCGAUGAUUCACAAGCAUUGUUUUAACGUCGUACAUCAAUCUUUGGAGGAUAUCCUAAGCCAGUUUGAUCCUGAAAAUGAGAACAAACCCUUUGAUGGCAAAACAUUUGUUUUUCGAGGUGAUUUCAGACAAAUAUUGUAUGUUGUGUUAAAGGAAACAAGACAACAAGUUGUGUUGGUGAGAAUAAAUUCUUCACAUUUGUGGUGGCAUUGUGAAUUAUUAAUAUUAACAAAACAUAUGAAGUUUUUCUCAACAAGUUCUAAUUGCGAGGAAAUGAAGAACUUCUUAAAUUGGGUGUUAAGUAUAGGCGAUGGUACUAAUGGUGACGACAAUGAUGGAGUUAUGGGCAUUGAGACACCUGAUGAUUUGCUCAUAUAA